CUUGCCCGCAGCCGCCGCGAGUGGCACAGAGCAAAUAGCGGCUUUUGUGCGCAUGAUGCACCGUGUUGGACGCACCUGCGAGGAGCGAUAAAGGCAGCCCGGAGACGGCGCUGCUUCUAACUGGAUUCUGGAUAUUUUUUGUAAAAGCAAAAAAGGGGGGAAAAGUGGGUCCGUGUACACUGGCAGCUGGAUUUUAGCAGGUGGAUACUUUUGGUCUGCUGAUCUGAGUAAUGAAACCCUGGAUCCUCUCAUACCUCCACUUCACAUCUAAAAACAUGGAGGAAAUUCCACUUUCCCUGAGAACCAGAGAAGAAUAUUGGAUCAGACCUUACACCAGAAAUAAUGCUCUGAAGAUUAAAAAAGCAUAAAAAUCAGAAAAGGAUUCCUCUGCAUGAUCACUGCCUUGCAGCAUCUGGACAAUUUCUUACUCUUAAGACUGUUAACGCCAACGACUGUUAUCCUUCUAUCUCUUUGUUCCCUUUAAAAGCAUAUUUUUUUAUAAGAAAUAUCUAUAUGUAUAUAUCUCAACACCUAUUGUGGAUAAAAGUGGAUUCCAGAAAUUCAGCUAGAAGUUUUCCAUCCCAUUGAAUCCCUGUUGGACAUUUUCUUGGAUUAACUCUUUGCAGCUAUGGAUCUUGUAGGCUUUUCUAUCACACUGCAGUUAUUCCUGAGCUCUUGUUUGGGAUUGGAAUUUUUAGGUACUCCAGGCCAGUGGGCACGCUACCUCCGCUGGGACGCCAGCACCCGCGGUGACCUCAGCUUUCAGUUCAAGACAGAGGCCUCAGAGUCACUGCUGCUGUACUUCGAUGAUGGAGGAUACUGUGACUUUCUGCAGCUGGGGGUGGUGGAGGGUCGACUGCAGCUGCGCUUCAGCAUUGACUGCGCUGAGUCCACGGUUGUUUCCGACAGGCGGGUGGAUGACGGCAGCUGGCAUGCCGCCACGCUGAGCAGGUAUAACCUGCGCACAGUACUGGUGCUGGACGGCCAGGCCAAAGCCGAUGAGGUAAAACCUCAGCGUCAGUUCAUGAAAAUAGUCAGCGACCUGUUCCUGGGUGGAGUACCUCAGGAUAUCCGCAACGGUGCACUUACACUGCCUACGGUGCGAACCAUGCAACCCUUCAGGGGAACAAUUACAGACCUCAAGUUUGGCAGCUCUCAGCCCCUGUUCCUGGGAAGCCUUAAGGUGCCCCUGGAGUCAGAAGGUUGGUGCACUGUCAACCCAUGUGAGAACGGUGGAACGUGCAUGGUGAUAGACGGAGAAUCGGUCUGCGACUGCUCCCAGACGAAAUACAAGGGCCGCUUCUGUAAUGAAGGGGUCAGGAAGACCAUACCAGGCCUCGCACACAUGAUGGCAGAACAAGCUAAAAGCAAAGCAAGGGAAGAAAACGUUGCCACCUUCCGUGGUUCGGAGUACUUCUGUUAUGACCUCUCCCAGAACCCGAUCCAGAGCAGCAGCGACGAGAUCACUCUGUCCUUCAAGACGUGGCAACGUAACGGCCUCAUCCUGCAUACGGGGAAGUCAGCUGACUACGUCAACCUGGCUCUAAAGGACGGUGCGGUCUCCCUAGUCAUCAACUUGGGUUCCGGAGCAUUUGAAGCCAUCGUUGAACCGGUCAACGGGAAAUUCAAUGACAACUCAUGGCAUGAUGUGAAAGUGACCCGGAACUUGCGACAGGUGACGAUAUCUGUGGAUGGGAUUUUGACCACCACGGGUUAUACCCAGGAGGACUACACCAUGCUGGGCUCAGAUGACUUCUUCUACGUGGGUGGGAGCCCCAGCACAGCCGAUCUGCCAGGAUCUCCAGUUAGCAACAACUUCAUGGGCUGUCUCAAGGAGGUGGUGUACAAGAACAAUGACAUCCGUUUGGAGUUGUCCCGGAUGGCUCGGAUUCUGGAUCCAAAGAUGAAAAUCCAAGGUGAGGUGUCCUACAAAUGUGAGAAUGUGGCCACAUUGGACCCAAUCUCCUUUGAGACUCCAGAGGCGUACAUUAGCCUCCCCAAGUGGAAUACCAAGAGAAUGGGAUCAAUCUCUUUUGACUUCCGCACGACUGAGCCCAAUGGACUCAUCCUCUUCACUCACGGAAAGCGUCAGGAACGCAAAGAUACUGCUCGCAGCCAGAAAAACACCAAGGUGGAUUUUUUUGCUGUGGAGCUCCUAGAUGGGAGCUUGUACCUACUAUUGGAUAUGGGCUCAGGGACAAUAAAGGUGAAAGCCACCCAGACAAAAGUGAAUGAUGGGGCAUGGUACCAUGUGGACAUUCAGAGAGAUGGACGCUCUGGCACCAUCUCUGUAAACAGCAGACGGACGCCAUUUACAGCCAGUGGUGAGAGUGAAAUUCUGGACCUGGAGGGAGACAUGUAUCUGGGAGGCCUUCCAGUUGACCGCUCCAACCUCAUUCUGCCCACCGAGCUCUGGACGGCAAUGCUCAACUACGGCUACGUCGGGUGCAUCCGUGACCUUUUUAUUGAUGGUCGCAGCAAGGACAUCCGUCAGAUCGCAGAGGCCCAAAAUGGUGCCGGUAUCAAACCCUCAUGUAACAAGCAGCAAGGAAAGCAGUGCGAGAGCUAUCCAUGCAAAAACCGGGGAGUCUGCAAAGAGGGUUGGAACCGAUUCAUCUGUGACUGCACUGGCACCGGUUACUGGUCACGUACCUGUGAGAGAGAGGCCUCCAUUCUCUCCUAUGAUGGAAGCAUGUACAUGAAGGUGGUGAUGCCAACCGUCAUGCACACCGAGGCUGAAGAUGUCUCCCUGCGGUUCCGUUCGCAGCGGGCCUACGGCCUCCUCAUGGCCACCACCUCCCAGGACUCGGCCGACACACUGCGGCUCGAGUUGGAUGGGAGCCGUGUCAAACUCACAGUCAACCUAGACUGUAUCAGGAUAAACUGUAACUCCAGCAAGGGACCGGAGACCCUGUAUGCCGGGCAAAAGCUCAAUGAUAAUGAAUGGCAUACAGUGCGCGUGGUGCGUCGGGGCAAAACCUACAAGCUAACGGUUGACGAUGAUGUAGCAGAAGGACAAAUGGUGGGCGAUCACACUCGGCUGGAGUUCCACAACAUCGAAACGGGAAUCAUGACAGAACGUCGGUUCGUUUCCACCAUCCCAUCCAGCUUCAUCGGUCACCUCCAGAGCCUAAGGUUUAACGGCAUGCUGUAUAUUGACUUGUGCAAGAAUGGCGACAUUGAUUACUGUGAGCUCAAUGCUCGCUUCGGGGUUCGCUCCAUUAUUGCUGACCCGGUUACCUUCAAGACAAAAAGCAGCUACCUGAGUCUGGCUACUCUGCAGGCCUACACAUCCAUGCACCUCUUCUUCCAGUUCAAGACCACUUCCCCUGAUGGCUUCAUCCUCUUCAACUCUGGGGAUGGAAAUGACUUUAUUGCUGUAGAAUUGGUCAAAGGUUACAUCCACUAUGUUUUUGAUCUCGGAAAUGGGCCCAACCUCAUCAAAGGCAAAAGUGAAAGGUCGCUAAAUGACAAUCAGUGGCACAACGUGGCUAUCACCCGAGACAAUAGCAAUACCCACACACUAAAAGUAGAUGCUACAGCCACAAGUCAAACUAUCAAUGGAGCAAAGAACCUUGACCUGAAAGGUGAUCUGUUCAUCGCAGGACUGGGUCCAGGCAUGUAUGGAAACCUCCCCAAACUGGUGGCUUCCAGAGAAGGCUUUCAGGGUUGCUUGGCUUCCAUGGACCUCAACGGUCGCCUGCCAGACCUCCUAAACGAUGCCUUGUUCCGCAGCGGCCAGAUCGAGCGCGGAUGUGAAGGUCCCAGCACAACUUGUCAGGAGGACUCUUGUGCCAACAUGGGGAUCUGCAUCCAACAGUGGGAGAACUACACCUGCGACUGCUCCAUGACCUCCUACACUGGAACGCAGUGCAGUGACCCUGGAACCAUGUACAUCUUUGGCAAAGGGGGAGGCCUCAUUACAUUCAACUGGCCAGCUAAUGAGAGACCGAGCACCAGAACCGACAGGCUGACUGUUGGUUUCAGUACAUCCCUAAAAGAUGGCAUAUUGGUCAGAAUUGAUAGCGCUCCUGGUCUGGGGGACUAUCUUAUGCUGCAUAUAGAACAAGGGAAGAUUGGCGUUACCUUCAACAUUGGGACUGAGGAUAUCACUGUUCAAGAAAGCAGCACCCCGGUGAAUGAUUUGAAGUAUCAUGUGGUUCGUUUUACCAGGAAUGGUGGGAAUGCUACGCUGCAGGUGGAUAACUGGUCAAUCAAUGAACACUUCCCUACAGGGAACAGCGACAUUGAACGCUAUCAAACGGCCAAUAAGAAAAUUCCUUUCAAAUAUGUCAGACCGGUAGAAGAAUGGCUACAAGAGAAAGGACGACAGCUUACAAUUUUCAAUACUCAAGCAACAAUCACAGUUGGAGGUAGCGACAGAGGCCGACCUUUUCAGGGUCAGCUGGCGGGUCUGUAUUACAAUGGCCUGAAAGUAUUGAAAAUGGCAGCUGAAGCCAAUGUCAACAUCAAGAUUAAUGGCAGUGUGAGGCUGGUGGGGAAUGGAUCCAGUGUGGCAGGUUCAGCUAGGACCACAACCAUGACUCCAGAGUUAUCCAGCAACGUUUUAGAGUCAACCACCACAACCACUACAACAACCACACGGAAACACAGAUCCUCCACAGUACAGAAGCACGGGGCAGAGGAAAUCGUGUCCUCUGCAGAGUGUUCAAGCGAUGAUGAAGACUUGGAGGAGUGUGAAACAAUCCAUCCAGGUGGGCUAGCACUCCCCACAGAACCAGGCGUCAGGCGAGUCCCAGGGCCCUCGGAGGUGGUCCGUGAAUCUAGCAGCACCACCGGGAUGGUCAUCGGAAUAGUGGCGGCCGCAGCGCUGUGUAUCCUUAUCCUCCUGUACGCCAUGUAUAAGUACAGGAACAGGGAUGAAGGCUCCUACCAGGUGGACGAGAGCCGGCACUACAUAACCAACUCGGCUGUGCAGAGCAAUGGCGCUGUCAUGAAGGACAAACAGCAGAGCCUGAAAGGCAGCAACAAGAGACAGAAAAACAAGGAUAAGGAGUAUUAUGUGUGACUGAGACUUUGGUCAACCCGACAGAACAAAGAGAGAAGGCACUGAGAGAACUUUUAUUACCAGUUUCCCUGUGAGGAGCUUUGACAAAUGAUGGUAUAACAUGGGACUUGAAUAAUUCUAUACUGUGCUGAAUAGUUGAACUGAUAUGUACUGUAACAUAAAGCACACUUACUAUUAAGCAAAAGGCUUAAUGGCAAGGUUAAAUAGCAACUUUAGAAACCUUACACUUCUAUCUGGUCAGAGACAUUGUCGGUAUACAAAUAUUUCACAGCAUCAUUCUCCUAAGUGACUUUUAGAGCUAUGUGAUCCUUGGCAUUAAACAAUUUUUGUGAAAUUGUUAAUUACAAAAGGCUCAUUAUCUUAAACGUUUCCAGCAUGUAAGCAACAAGUAGUGCUUAACGAGAGGGGGUCAGGCACACAAAGGACUCUUGUAAUCAAAAUAUUACAGAUUUUUAUGGUUUAUACAUAAUAUAAGUGUGGUGUCUUACUUAUUUUUGCUUAAAGCAAAAGAAAAAAAGAUUAAAAGAGAACAGUAAGAAAAGAAAACUAUUUUAUGUGUAUAAUAUGAAUCCAAGUGAGUCAAUUGCCAAGGGCAGACCUCAUACCAUCUGUUUGCUCUGGCAUCUAAUUCACCACAAUUAUUCUCAUUGUCUGACAGACACAGUGACUCUCUUUGUGGGAAGAAUUUGUUGGUUCUCUUGAUAAGAAGCGCCUGAUUGUAAAAUGCAUGCCAUCCUGAUUCCACAGUAAGGUGCAGUACAGUAAAAGUCCAGUAAAGAGUGUUCAGCUUGGAUAACACAAAGGCAGUUCUUCAUCUAAGAUCAGGACUCCCCCCUCUUCUCGAAACCCGUCAAACAGAUCUCUUCUUGCUGCACAGUCUGUGGAGGUUUUAUCUAUCUGCCCAAGUGUGUGUUGGUUCAUUGCCUAUCAUUCUCUUUUUCUAUGGAGGUGUCAGGAUGAACACAGAUGCAGUACUACUACACUGUUAACCAAUGUGUAUACAGAAAUAAACCAGAUGUUGAAAGUGUGAAUUCUAUCUGCUGUCACAGUCAACUGUGUCAAAAAAAUGAGAAAUUUGUUUACAUAUUUUAUUACAUGCUAUCUGUUGUACUUUGUAGGUAGUAAAUUGUACAUAUACCAUGACAGUUGUAAUUUUUAGUACCUCUAUUGUACAGACUGAAGAUAUGAUUUAUCAACAGAUUUCAUUAAAAAAUCUAUCUGUUAAUUUACAUGGAGAAAGACUUUAACCAGACUGUGGAGAAUCAUAUUGAUAUUCAUGAAGAAUAAAACAAUGUAUUGUUAGCCUAGAAAUCUACACAGAGAUGUUUCUAAAGUUGCAUGAAUAUUUAACUACUUGCAGUUGUCCAACAAAUACAAGGUGCCCUUUCUUCUCAACCAUGGCGUUCUUGUCCUGGGGUACAUUGAUUUCUGUUUUGCUUUGUUUGUACUUUUUUAUAGAGAGAAAGAAAGAGCAUACGCUCAAAUUCAUGGUGAAGACAGUAAAGCUCAAAUAAAAGCUAUAACGGGGGGGUCACUGUUGAAAAGGACAUCAUUUCUUCGUUGUCAUUAGUUGACAUCUUGCUUUGGAAAAACUUUACCACUCAUUUAUGUUUGCAUUUUCUGACAUUGCUAUUAAAGAAGUGGAUACUUUUUCUUAGAAAUCAUAUUUUGGGUUACAAUUGUUAAUUUUUUUUUUCUUUUACAUCCAUUUGAUAACAAAUAAACAUUUUUUCUGAA